CUCUGGCGGUCGCUCAGCUCGCCGUCGGUCCGCCGAGGUUCUUUCGUCCGCACCUCAACUUCGUUAGUCAGUCAGUUUUAUUUAGUGCUCCUAGCGCGGCCUCUCCGAUCAUUGCUCGGCAGAAAGCGUGGGAUUCGGGAACAGUUAAAACUGCUGAAAAGGAUUAACUAAAUAACAGAAACAUGACGUGGUUGGACGGUUGCUGCUGCUGCAUUUCGCUACGUGCCGGCACCAUAUUGAGCGGCAUCCUUGGCAUGAUAAUCGGCCUUGUCACCAUGAUCGUCGUGCUGCUGACGGACAUAAAGAUGCAAACCAUAAUUAUUGACACUCUUGAUUCGGAAAUCGUGCGCAUCAUUCUGGCUGUGAAUCUUGCCAUGACUAUUCUCAUUUCAUUGGUUUUGAUCCUCGGCGCUCUCUGGCAAAACAAAUACCUGCUGCUACCUUGGGUGGUUUUGGGCAUCAUGCUGGUCGUCGGAAUGGUCAUCUCCAUCAUUUACACCGCCAUCCGUUUCUACAUCUGGGGCGAUCCCACCACGGGCACCCUCUACCUGAUCGUCGGCCUCCUCGGAAAUGCAAUCUUCUUCUACUUGUGGCUCGUGGUGUUCAGCUACUACCAGCUGCUGAAGGAGGAGGGCGGCCACGGUUUCUACGCCAAGACCCGCUACUAAGAAAGCCGACCGAAUCAAAACGAGAGAGUGCCUUUGUCGUCGAAUUAUUAAUUAAUUCGCAGCGCCAUACUUAAUUAAUUAAGGACUAAGAAGUACACAUUUACGCCGCUUGAGAGUGAGGGGGUUAUAUAAUAUGUUCGUAAUAUGAUGGAAUGGUGGGUGCGGCGGCUGCUUAAUUCCGACUAAUCACUGCUCUUGUGUCGAAUUCGCUGCCUGUCGCCGCCGCUGGGGAGAAAUUCCCACCUGCUGGAAUUUGAUUAGGGACUCGUGAGCGCAUAAUCAGCCGCUUUGUAUAUUAGACAAGCUUGCCAAAUUUUCAUCCAUAAUUUAUUUUCGGCCCAAAGGAAGUUUUUGCGAGACGAGGACAGAAACAAAUGAGGGUCAUUUUCCAUCUGCCUUCCAACACACGUUUAUUUUGUUUCACGGCUCUGCGGUUGGGAGAGCCUCUUUUCAUUGUGUGCACGCAAAAUUUUGCUCCCCGUCGCUGCGGCGUCCUCAAGGGUUUAUCAUAUUUUUUUUCUGAAAGUGAAAAUAUCUUUUCAUCAUUUUGAAUGGAGGAUGCUUUUCGCAGAGCAGCUGAAACGGUAAUCUGAAACUUUCUACACAAAUCAACAUUCUCUUGAAAUUUGAGCUUUAGCAGAGAAUGGAUGUGAAGCUAAGCCAUGAUUUAAUUGACAAUUAUUGAAGGGAUUUCGUGAAACAAAGAUGGCUUUAAUUAUUUUGCAUGUAAACUUUUUUUCAUUUCUUAUAUCUCAAAAAAUUAAAGUAAAGUUUCAUAAAUUGAUAUAAAUUUGUGUAUGUCACUGGUGUGGGAAACUUUAUCUUUGCUCGGAGUGAAAAGUAAAUUAAGUCUCAAAUUUCAACUCAAAUAAAAGCAGUCAGAAACUCUAAUCUCGCCUUUCGCACAAACUUCAUUUGCAAAUUCACCAGCCGAGGGUUUGUAAGUUAUUCGUAACUGCGAAUCGCCAAGGGAACGUUAAAUUAUUCCGCCCGUUUGGCUCGACGGGCGCGGAAUUUCGAAAAUGGCCCUUGGGACAUUUGCUGGUUGGUUGACGGCGAAAUUGGGAAAACAAAAAUGCCGUCGUUAUACGAUUUUGGCCGAAAGCGACACGAGAUGCUUAUCUUGAAUUGUAACUCUCAUUCUCACACACGGCGGAAAAUCUCAUUUAAACUUUAUUAAUCAGCCGAGCCAAGUGAACAAAGCUGGAAUUUCUUUGGUUUGACUUUCACAAGCACUAGGAUGCGCACCUUUUGUUCGCUAGCAGAGCAGACACACGGCGCGCAAAAACGUUUCAUUUCCAGAGAGCUUUUAAUAAACUGUCUUUUGUUUUUUGAAAAUAAAAAAAAAACGCGACAACCGGCACUUGGCUAGCACGUCAAAAGGCUGCGUCCUCUUUGCUUCCGUUGUAUUUUCAUUAACCCAUGACUUUGCAUCCGCACAGCACGUUGGCUAGCACCAUAAUGUAUGAAAUUGUGUUGAAUAUAGUUUGUUAUUAUGAAUAAAAAAUUUAUUGAGAAUACAAACAUAAUAUUACUACUGUAUUAUAUUUAGUUAUUGGAUGUUUACUUAUAUUAAGUACAUUAUACCAUAACUCUGAAAUAAAUUCAUGGCCC